GUCUCUGUUGGAAGAGUGGAGAUGCUUCGAAAACAAACUGAUACAGUCUGUGUUCACAAGGAGAGGAUUACAUUUGCAGCUACUCGACCAUCCUCUAUAUUGAUUGAACAGAUUGCAGUGUGUGUCAAUAAAGGAGAGCCUGUUUUGUUAGUGGGAGAAACUGGAACUGGCAAAACCUCCACAGUCCAAUAUCUUGCUCAUGUUGCAGGUCAGCGCCUACGCAUUGUAAAUAUGAACCAACAGAGUGAUACAGCAGAUCUCUUAGGAGGUUACAAACCCGUGGAUCAUAAACUGAUAUGGCUUCCACUGCGGGAAGAUUUUGAAGAGCUUUUCACACAGACGUUCUCUAGGAAGCAGAACCAAACCUUUUUGGGACACAUACAGACAUGCUAUAGGCAAAAAAGGUGGCAAGACUUAUUGAAAUUAAUGCAGCAUAUUGUGAAAAAUGCCAUAACGAAAGUUCAAGGUGCUGAGUCUGAGUUCUUGCUGAAAAAACAAUGGGACACAUUCUCUCUACGUCUAAAUCAAGCCCAGCAGCAAAUGAGGAUGACCGAAAAUGCUGUACUGUUUGCAUUUGUAGAGGGAACCCUAGCUAAGGCUGUAAAGAAAGGCGAAUGGAUUUUGCUGGAUGAAAUUAACUUGGCAGCUGCGGAAACUCUAGAAUGUUUGUGUGGUUUACUAGAAGGCUUAUCAGGAUCACUGGUUUUACUGGACAGAGGAGACACAGAUCCCUUGGUACGUCACCCAGAUUUUCGCUUAUUUGCUUGCAUGAACCCUGCUACUGACGUUGGAAAGAGAAACCUACCACCUGGAAUAAGAAAUCGGUAA